CAUCAAGAUUUUGAUUUUAAACAUUUAUUUGCAGCACUUGGCAUUGAAAAUAGUACAGGAGUGUAUUAUGUGACUAGAGAUGAAUAUCAAUAUCAACAACGAUAUUAUAAUGAUGCUACAUCAACAAUCGGACUCG